AUGUCUUAUAUUAUAAAUGGAAGAUUGUAGAAAGGAAAAUAUAUUCUUCAAAUUAAAGCUAAUAGUCUAAUGGAUGAAUAGGAUUAAAACGAUUUUCCUUUGGCUUCUUAUGAAGAAGGCAUAACCAAGAUGAAAUUUUUGUUAGAAAAUAUCAAAUUUCCAAUAAACAUCCAUUUUAUAUGAGUGUAAAGAAAAAGAGCAGGUCAGGCCUCUUAAUCCAUCUCAUACAGAACUUGUAGUAUUGAAAAAUAAAUCUUAAUAUUAUAUUAAAAUAUUUAGAUAUUCUUAUCUCUGUAGUUUAAAUAUAAAAUAUAAUUAUAUUACUAAAAUUUAUCAAAAGAAAAGACUUUCAAUUUCUAAUUAGCAUUUUAAGGAGAAAUUAAAUCACAGAAACGUCAUAGAGGUAAUUAAAUCAAAAUUGAAAUUUAAGCCAAGCCAAGAUAAAAUGAAUGUGAAUAAUAAACUUUAGGUGAAAGAAGACUGCAAAUCUUUGAAGUAAACACUAUAUUUUAAUAAGAUUAUAUAGAAAGUGAACAAUGGUUUUGCUUUAAUAUCAAAACUUGAGAUUUCAACAAACUAUUAAAAUUUUGUAUCAUAAUUACCCUUACCUUACCAUAUCAUAAGAAAUAUAUAUUUAAACAAAUAACCAAUGACUUUUGAUCUCAAAAAGAUAAUUGGAAAUGUUUUCAUAUUAUUUUUUUAUUUCAAUUUCCUAAUAUAAUCGUAAUAGAAAUACAACUUAAAUCUGAAUUUAUAUAAAAAUUAUUCGAUUUUAUAAAUGUUAGAAUCUAAUAUGGAACUAAGAUGCUCCAAAAACCAUGAUCUCCCUGUCUAAAUGGUUGUUUUUGACUCAAAAUUACAGAAAAAUGAAAGGUUAUUAUGUUCAGAAUGCUUGGACACUUUUGAUUCUGAUGCAAGAACCAUUGGAUUCAAGAAAGUAAUUCAAAUGAUUGAAGAUAACAAGAAAAAGACUAAAGAGAAAACAGAAAGUUAAAUAAUUUCUAUAAUAAAAUCAGUUGAAUAUUUUCAAUCAGAAAUUAUUCAAUUAAAAUCAUCAAUUAUUCAAUACUUGAAUGAACUGUUAAGAUUUACAAAUGAAUGGAUUGAAAACCUGAAUAAUCUAGGGUAAUAAACCAAUUAGGCAUACAGCUUUUUCAAAGAAUUAGAUGAUUUAAUUUAGAAUCCAAAGGGGGAUGAUUAAUAAAUUGCUUAUGCAGAUAUAGACAAAAUUAACUAUUCAUGGGGUUCGAAAUUGAUUCCAAAAUUAGAGCUAUUUUAAUCAUUUUAAGAAUAUUCUAAAUGUGAAGAAUGUUUGAAAAAAAUUCUAAAAGAAGAUACAUUUAAACAAAAUUCAAGUAAAAUAAUAUAACAACAGAGUAAUACAAUAAAUUCCUCAUAAGCACUAACAACAGAGUUAGGGAAUAACUAGAAUUUUGAGCCUUUAUAGCAGGAGAUGUCUUAAAAGCAGGAGAUAACUUAAAAGCAGGAGAUAACUUAGAUCAAAUUAAAAUUUAUUGAUGAUUCAUAGGAAUAAAAAAAAAUUUGCCCUUAAAUUACAUUUGACUCAAAAGCAUAGCUCUUAUUAACAUGCUCAACUGAUUAAUUUGAAAAAGCAAAAAUUCUAAUAUGGAAUUAUAAUAAUGGUAAAAUUAAAUUAAAAUCAACACUUUAAACAGGAGAUCGAGAUAAUAUCUAAGGAUUAAUUUUUAGCAAAAAGUAAACAAGAUUUAUUUCAUAUUAAACUAAAUUAUUAUGCUGGAAAUUAACACCAUAAAAUGAAUGGAAAUCUUCAUAACCUGUAGGUAUUCCUUCUAGAGAUGGAUUUCUACCAUACUUAUAUUGUGCAGAAUUAAAUUAAGAUGAAACUGUUCUAUUUUGUGGAGAUUCUACUGGAUCAAUAUAAAUUUGGAAAUUAGAAUGGGAUUAAAAUGAAUUAACUUUUUAAGAACAAUUAAAGCACUCGAAAGAUUCUUAAAGAAUAAUAUCAUUAAGCUUAAGUCCUUCAGAAAAUACAUUAGCUGUUUGUAAUGAUGCAAUUAAUAUAUGGUAAAAAGGAGAAUCUGAUUAAUGGAUUUUCAAAUAUGCUGUUAAACCAGCAAGUAUCACAUAAACAGGUAAUAGAUUAAAAUUUUUAUCUGAUGAUUAAUUUAUUUGGAUACCAAAAAUGAUUGAUAGUAUUUGUGUAUUUGAAGUUUAGGAUGGAUUUUUCUAAGAAGAUUUAGAUAAGCAAAUUUAAUUAACAAAAAUUAAUGCUGAAGAUAAAUGUUAAACUCCAAUUUAAUACAUCAGAGAAAAAAACUUAAUAUUAGUUAUACGUAAAACUCAUGUUUAUAUCAUUUAAAAACUUAAUAAUGGAACAUUUAAAGUAGCAGAAAGAUUAAGCCGUAAUGGUGCUAUUAUAAGUGGAGCUAUAUCAGAUAAUGGCUAAAAUUUUGUAUUAUGGGACACAAGUAAGCAAGCCUUUAUCACAUAUGAAAUUUAAUACAAUUGA